CGCGAGAGCGAUGUGGAGGAGGAGUUCCCCACGCUGCCGCUACAGACGACAACAAUCGAAAACGUCGAAACGCAGCCGGAAACGCUAAUUGUCGAAGGCAGAGACCAGGGGCAACCUGCCAACGAGCAGAUGAAUGGCGCACCGAUCGACCGGAAUCCGCGCACUUCCGAUUUCACUAAUGAGGACGAUGAAUACGAACAGCAUAUGCAUAUAUGA